UGGUGCGAUGUGGUUAUAAAUUUUUUGUGCAGUUUAUAAAUUUUAUGGAUAAUGGAUGCUUCGGCAUCCAAAACAAAUUCUAAAAAUAUAUUUGGAUUUUAUGCGUUAGCUUCCGUUCCCUAUUCAAAUAAACAUAAAAAUUGUGUAACGAAAUAUACACGACUACCCGACUUUGAUUUUGAUAAUAAAGUGUUAUGGUCCCAAAAAAUCUUUUUGGGACGGUCACGUCAUAUUGUAAGUGUUGAUGACCCCUUACAUGGAACAACAAGGUCGUUAAAAUCAAAUGUGGCCAUUCCACAUAAAAAAAUGACAUCAAGCAUAAACAGAAAAGUUAUUAAUAUAGAAGACAGCAAUAUUGAUUUACAUUCCAAGACAUAUUCUGGGGAGCUAAAAUCAAGUGCCAAAAGUAAUAUUCUCAAUAACAAAAAUAGUAUCAGCUCAUCAAAACUCAAUUGUAAAAACAAAUACUCAAAGUUUGAUAGUCAAAUUAAUGUUUUAAAAAGAAGAAAUGCAAAAGAAGAUAAUGUACAGAUCAUUCAAAGUGUAAACAUUUCACCCAAGAUGACCAUAGGCAAAUCACCACUCUCAGAAAGUAAACCUGUUAAAGAAAUCAUAUAUGAUGUAAAAAACAAAUUAAAUAAUGUCUUGAAAAAGAACAAUUCUCAUAUAAAAUCUGGAUCUGAUAACCAACAAUCAAAAAAAUGUGCACAAAAAUCGAACAAAGUCAAUCCGACACUGUCGAAGAAUGUUAAAGAGAAGUAUAAGCCUAACUCGAUUCGUUCACAUGUUCCCAAAGAAACCAAUGUGGAAAAACAUGAAAAUAAUAUAACUACGAAUCGGACUGAUACUGUUGACGAAAAUAAAUCAAACCUAGUUAACCGCAGCACAAAAAUAGAAAAAGAUAUUAUUUAUAAAGACAUGAACGUCGGAACCGAACCACUUUGCGAUACUGUGGACCAUGAGACUGAAAUGAGUGAUGAGUUUUUAACGUGUAAUAAUUAUCGAAAUAUUCUUAGUUACGAUAGAUCUAACGAAAUAUUUGAUAGUCUUGAUAUACCAAAUGUAAGCUUAAGGAAGGAGAAAGAUGAUUUACCCAAAGAGGAAAUAGUCAAUUUUUUUAGUAAAUCAUUGCCUAAUAUUAGAGUUCCCGCUUUAAAUAUGAUAUCAAUGAAGAAAACGCAGAACGAACAGAUCAAGGAAUCCCUCAUCUGCAACAACAACUCAUACAUCAUAAGCAGGGCGACCGUCACAUACACGAGCAAGCAGAAGAUAGACUUUCAAGUGGUCGAAAACCACGACAACAAAGCCCAGAAUAAUCUACGUUCUAGUCCUUUGAAUUAUCCUAUUAGCGUGGUAUCUGUAUACAAAAAGGAAUUGUCCAAGAGGGAAUGCGACAACUGCACCGAGUAUAGUAACAAUAGUAAUAAUUCCGAGCGAGAAAAAGACGCGGCGCUUAAUUGCCCGUAUAACUUUGACAGCGACGAAUUAAAGAAGCCAUCUGAUAUAAUUAGCACAAUAAAAGUUGAGAACAGUUUAUUACAAAACAGUUCCGCGUGCGAGCAAUUUCAGCGUGAACUAAAUUUCAUCGACUCGUUUUUUGAGUCGCUCCAAUAUUUGGAGACGUGCUCGCUCUCAGACAAAAGUUUCACGGAAAACAAUGUUGAGAAUUGGAUAAACAGUAGCUACAAGUUCGACUGCGGCUCUUUCCUGUCCAAAUUAGAGAACGAUGUUUGCGCCGACGAAAAUGAAACGAUGGCGUCCAAGAGUCUUUGCAGGCUCAAUUUGCUCAUUAGACAUGAACAAAGGCGAGCCAAAAAUCUCUUGUUCGUUCUGAAAAUGAGAGAAGACGCACUGAAAGACUUUACAAAAUCUCAAAUAUUAUGGUUGGAGAAUAAGAAGAAGCAGGAAAACACAGAUAUAUCUACGCUUAAGAAGAAACAACGAGGUGCCUUACUUAAGUGGCAGCAUGAGUGUGGAGAAAUGCAAAGGAUACGCAAAGCUCUCCUGACGCGAUCUGAGAAACGAAAAAUAGUACUCAUGAAGACUAAGAAGAAUCUAGAAUGGAAGUUGGAGAACAAUUUGGACGUGGAGAAAAUUAUUUUAGGGAAGAAAAAAGUGAACCGGGUAAGGAGCAUCGCCCCUGUGAAAUGUUUCGACCUAUCGAGCAGCGGCUGCGAUGAUAGCACUACGUCUAGACCUAAAUCUCUCACUCCCGUUGUUUUUGAACAGCAGAAAACGGGAGUAGAGAAGUGCAUACAAACCGGCGACAGUAUAUUGGAAACGAUCAGUAGGGAUAAGUCGCUAGAUAUCGCUAAUGAACAUUUCAUAGUUGUGGAUGGUGGUUUUCUGAACAUUAUAUUCAAGGAUCUCUCCUUACCUCAAAUAUUUAGCGACGGGAAACAAUAUGAGGUGAACGAGGAGGCGAUUAAGAAUAUUCUAAAUUCGUCGCAUUCGCAGAGUCCUAUCGAUACCGGCAAUGCUGUCGAAAAACUCAUGGACCAGAUAAAAAACCAUGAAGCGGAUAACUCGAGUACACCAUCCACUGCCCGUAGUUUAGUGGAAGAGUUCGAUCAGUACUACAAAGGAUUGUUGGAUGAAGAAAAUGAAAGCAAAGACAAAUUAGAUAAACUCGAUACGAGUGUCACAAAACUUUCAGAAGUUAAAUUUGUUCCUACUUUAGCGGAUGAAAGUCAUGAUAAAUGUGAUCAAGUUGUCGAUGAUUGUAUGCCCGAGUUGCCUUCGUUAGAGCCGUUGUCGCCUAAGGACAUAUUGAGGGUAGAUUUUGAGCCCAAAGCAGGAAUCAGUGUGGCGGGACCUUUACCCGUGCCGGCCGGAGCUGCGGCAGUCAACGAACCAACUACACUACCCGCAUGGACCAAAAGUACCUUGACUUAUGCUGAUUCGUUGAGUCCAAAUGUGACGUCCAUAGAGGUUCCGGCAAUUGCUACCAGCGAGGCUGAAGAACUACGUAGACAAGAGUUGGCUAUAGAGAGAGAGAUAAAGGCGAUAGAACAGCAGCAAUGCCAGUUUUUAGUAGUUCGGGAGAUACCGGACAAGCCUCCGCCUCCGUACACACCACCCAUAGAGACUAGACCUCCUAAACCACCGCGCUCAUUCUCUAUAGAUAUAACAACUAAGGAAAGAAUAAGGAAAUACAUAACGGAACCAGACAACAACUCGGAUUCAGAAUUGGAUGCCUUCAAGUUGUUUGUAAAAGAUUUCUGUAAGGACUCCAUGAGCAGGCAGAAGGCAGAGCAAAGUGAUAAGGUGUGGGAUAUAUGCUGCAUGGUGCCACCAAAGCCACAGCCAGACACUGAAAAGUUGGUGAACAGGACCGCUCUGGAUCUAAAGGAAGUGUUGACCUGUGUAACUCCUACCAUCUUAUCAGGUGUUGGUGCUAGACGUUCAGAUCAUAUUGAUGAUAUUCUGUUCGCCGAGUGGAGACGUUGUGAGCCCGAAUGGACGUCUCUACACUCAGAUGAAAUCGUUGUUAAAAAUCAGCUGUUCGAAUGUUUAUUCAAUAAAAUUCUCACAGAAGCAAUCGACGAUUACAAAAACACUGUUAUCGAUGAUAAUUAAUGUGUUCAGUAGUGAAAAAUGAACAUUGAGUGCCACAUGUAAGUUAUAAAUUAUGAUAAUUGUAAAAUAUUUUAGUAUAAAGGAAAACAAGUCAUUUUUUGUACUACACAUAUUUAUUCUGCAGUAGUAGUUAUAUAGUGCAAAUAUCACAUACUCGUAAAUCUUAUUAUAACUAAAUUUUUAUAUAAAUAAUUUUACACACAUCCAAAAGGUAAUUUAUAAUCAUCGAUAAUAUUUAUUCCAAACAUUCAGUCACAGAAUGUUCUGUUCAAAAAUAAUGUUUAAAAUUCAUAUAUUGUAUAUUUUUAAAACAUUAACACAAUUAAAAACAAUUCUUAAAAUGCCUUAAAUUUUCUAGUAAUGUGAAAAAUAUUUGUUUAAAACAUUUAUAUAUAAAUGCUUUUUGGGCAAUUUUGUCACCUAAUACUGACCUUACGUACUUAUUUAAAUAUUACUUGUAGAAUUUCAUUCAAGUUUAACAUUUAAGUAUGUUAAGGUUACAAAAUCUAUGAUCACUGGUAUUUGUUAACGAAAGUAUGAAAGACUAGUAUUAUCGCUUUCAAAUUAAUAUAGGCUGAACUGUUAAAAUGGUAACAAUACAACCUAAAACGAGCCCAAAAUAUUAAAAAUACUGAAUAGUUAAGUGAUACCUUAAAAUUUUGGCCACUUAGAAGUAUAACAUGCAGAAGUUAACAAGACACCUCGUCUAAAAGAAAUUAAAGCCGGUUGCCAACUUAAUUUGUGCGUGUUGUAAUAGCUGUACAUAGAAACAAGUAGCGUUAGCGUAUAUUUUAUUAUGAAUAUUAAUCAACAGUUCAACUAUUUGAACAGCAUUUACAAGUAAAUUGAUAUACGCCAUAAGCGUAUAAUUUCGUAAUAAAUAAAGAUGUUCCUAUUUUUAAUUUAAUCUCUAUUAAAUCGUAAUGUCCCGAAAAUACAAAAGAAUGAAAAAUAACAUACUGCCUUACAAUGUAAAAGCUACAUCCAAUGACAAUAAUACAGUUCACGUAUGUGGUACAGUGUACACCAGCUGCCUAGACUUAGAAUAAUAUGAAUAGCAUAGAUUGGCUAACAACAGCUGUUAGUCAAGUUGCAUUCUACAUUUUUACAAUUUCAAUGAUAGAGUAUGUGCCGGAUAGGCUAUCCACAACUUACUUAACAGAUAGAGUUAUCAUAUACUCUGCAUAUAUUAUACUCUAUCUGUCAGAUAAGCUGUGGAUAUGGCCAAUCCGGCACUUAUCAAUAAGUGGUAAAACAGUCCCUAAGAUUUAAGGGAAUUAGACACAAGCCAUUGGCAAAGACUUACGCCUUUUUGGACUUGGUUGAAGAUAAAUGCAUCUUGAGUCUUGACUUUACGCCUAUUCAUUGCUCUAAUGUCUAGACUCUAGGACAAUAUUCAGUCGCGAUACACGCAACAAUUCUGCCUAUCGCUAUUGUCUUUUUCACACGCGCGAAAAUAUUGCUAUUCUGUCUCUGUUUAUAAAAACGAGAUUUUAGCGCGAGUG